UUAGAUAGAAUGAAUGCAACGAGCCUAAAGAACACUUCCUGUUGAUGAAAAAAUUGCAGCAGCAACUGCCUGACACAUCUGGACUUCGAAAAGGGGGGAGGCCUGGCUGUAGUGUUAGCGAGCUGCUGAGGGGAAUGGACAACAUCUAAAUGUCAACCUGCAAGACGGCUGCCGACAAACUGGAGAAACAUAUCCAAGAAAUGGACGACGGCAGCUACAUCGAAUUUGAUGUGCCGGAGUUCAGUAACACGGUUCUGACCCAACUCAAUGAGCUACGGCUUCAAGGGAAGCUGUGCGAUAUCAUCGUUCACAUUCAGGGCCAGCCAUUUCGAGCUCACAAGGCCGUCCUGGCGGCCAGUUCACCGUACUUUCGUGACCACUCAGCCCUCAACACCAUGAGUGGCCUUUCCAUUUCAGUCAUCAAAAGCCCCGAGGUGUUUGAGCAGCUCCUUGCAUUCUGCUACACAGGUCACAUGUCACUCCAGCUCAAAGAUAUAAUCAGCUUCCUGACAGCGGCCAGCUUUUUGCAGAUGCAGGCAAUCAUUGACAAGUGUACCCAAAUCCUGGAGAGCAUCCAUUCCAAGAUCAGCCUCCCAGCUAGUGCUUGUAGCCCAGAAAAAGACAGCUCGCAGAUCAGUCGUAAUGGUGUAAAUGACAGCAACCUGUUCAUAAACCCUACCCAGAUCUCCCCCCCUUAUUUUCCUCGGCAGAGCCAGGGAGUCAGCGAAGCUCGGUCGGAACAACUAGGAAAAGGCCAGGGUCGUGUCCGGCAGCAGCAAGAGGAGGGGCAAUCAGAUCGUGGCAGCAGUGAUGGUGUGUCAGAGCACGAUGCAGCCAUCGAGGGUGAAACCGAACAAGUAGAACUAAUUGGCAAAGAUGGGCAAGUCACAGAUGUGCAUGUAAAGGUAGAAAAAAACGACAGGCCAUCUUACUCAGAUAGUUCCUCGGCUGGUGAUGACGGUUACCACACAGAGUUUGUGGAUGGGGAACAGAUUGUGGCUGUCACUGUGGGUUCCUACGGUCCUGUCAUCCAGCCUGCUGCCUAUUCUUACUCAGGGUUGUCCUCCUCCUGCUUUGUCAACCUCAGCAACUCCAGUCCUUCUCGCUCCAUCCUCAGUGGUUUCAGAGGUGGGAGAGCCAGAUCAAAGCGCCCAGUGGCUAUCCCGGCAGGAGUGUUAAGUCAAAUGAAAACCGGUCUGGAUGAUGCCGAGUCAGCCGUGGGGGCCGCGGGGUUGGAGAAUGAUGUGCGAGAGCGUAGCCUCCGGAACCAGUGGUACCCAUAUAAUGAAAGACUCAUUUGCAUCUACUGUGGAAAGACCUUCAAUCAGAAAGGGAGUCUGGACCGCCACAUGAGACUGCAUAUGGGAAUUACCCCAUUUGUUUGUAAAUUCUGCGGCAAGAAGUACACAAGGAAAGACCAGCUAGAGUACCACAUUCGUGGCCACACAGACAACAAGCCCUUCCACUGUCAGAUUUGUGGUAAAUGCUUUCCAUUUCAGGGCACCCUUAACCAACACCUGCGGAAGAAGCACAUGGGAGUAUCGGAGGCUAGCAAUCAUAUGGACUCCCCGGAGAGAACCGAGGAAAACUCAGACCAUAAGGACCAGGGAGAUACAUCAGAGGGGAUGGCCUAUGAGGCGCAGUAUGCAGAAGAGGCACCAGCCAAUGAUAUGGAGGAGCGUUCCAAAUGCAGUCCAGAGGAGGAUCAAGCAUCGAGAUGUGAUUUUUAAGGUCCUGCUUCAGGUUAAGGAAGCUUUAAGAAAUGACUAGUUCAACUCAAUUUAAAGGACUCACUUUUUUUUUUAAACCCUCUGCUAUGAACCUUUCUUGAUACAAGCGUUUCUGUCAGUUUUUGUAAAACUGAUGCAGAGAACGAGUGAAAGCAGGUGGAUGCUUUAUUAUAGAAAUUCUUUCAAGCAAAGGGAGUCACAAUGUACUAUUUUUGAGAUGGUCCCAAUAAUCACGACCUCCAGUUGAUUGCUCUUUUUAUCUUUCCAUGUUUUUAAAAAAAAAUAUUUACAGAGUUAUAUAGGCAUGUUGCAAUAAUUGAUAAUGUGAAAGCUCUGGUAAGAUGCUUGUCAUAUCACCUUUUUACCUGACCUGUUUUUGCACAUGUGGCCACUGGAGGUCACUUACUCACAAGGAAUGAUUUUUCUGCCAGUGCAAAGCUUCGUGUGACAUAUCCGUUUAAUACCUCAUACUGCAACUACAUACUCAUAACAGACAGUAUUCUAACUUAAAUGAAACUCACCGGGUUCUACCUCAUAGCCAAGAACCUAUCCAGCACAGACGUGUCCAUCGUUUGAAAUCCGUUUUAACUUUUAUGUACAGUUUAUCUUAUUGCCAAAUGCUGUAACACUUCUUCUUUUUACACAAAGCCUUGAUACUUGGGUGGGAAAUAUUCCUUGCUGAUCGUAUGGAUUAGGGACAAAUUCCUUGUCAAAUGUCUGUGGUCAGCCAGGUUAAAAUUAUGAUCAAGAAGGUGCUAUGUUAGGAGUGCAUUAAAUCUACUUGCUUACUUGUGUGCUCUUGGCAAAUGUUUAGUGCAAAUUAAUAUACUGCCCCUGUUAUGAAUUCAAGAUACAUUUGAUUUUCUGUUUGGUUUUACUUGUUAUAUAAAACACUUCAGGAUUUUAUCACACAUCACUACCGGAAGUCUCGCUCACUUGGUCCAGGUGGGGUUUUAGAUCCAUGGAAUGGAUGAACUAUGUCCACAAAGUAAAGUCGUAUGUAUACAUCUUUAUCCUGUAGGAAAAACUUACAGUGGAUCGACUUAUGUGUAUUUAUUUUAGAAAGAGGAAGACUUCUAAUGUGAUACUCCGUAUCUGACAGAGAAAAGAUAGUAGUUGCUGUUAACUCAGCACGGCUUAGGGACCAGCUGGAACAAUAUGCAAAAAGAAUGAACAAAGGAAUCUCAGCCAUUGCCACAUGGUUUAUAUUCCAUCAUUUAUAAAAGCUUUUUUUUUUUUUUGGUCUGUUCCUCUGUGUCGUUGUCAUAGAUGUGGCAUAGCCUAAAUAAAGUUAGAAGAUAAAUGUUUCAAAAGGUUUUCAGAGUAUUAAUGCACUUUGCAGAGUUAGGUUUCAGCUUAGUGCUACCCCAGUGAUUAAAUAAGCAAAACUUUUUUGGUUCUUAAUGCAUAUUUGGAGUAUUACUUCAGUCAGAGAAAAGUACAAAAACGUUAUUGACUCUCUUCAAUCUUAUAAAUACUAUUUGCUAAAAGUCAUGCAUGUGGCAUGACUUUUUUUUAAAUCUAUACUCAUUGUGUUAUUUGGGAUCAGGGAAGGGGAUUUUCUAUAUAUAAAAAGGCACUUAAAGUGCCAGACUAAUUGUUUGCAAGUUAAAAACUUAGCCGGGUGGUUCUCUUUGUGCUACUCAGCUUUUUUAUUUGCCAUCCAGCUGUUAAAUGCCUUUUUGUGUGUGUGUGUAUUUUUAAAGAGCACCUACUAUAUACUUUUAUUUUCUCCUAUCUGGGCCGUGUUGAAUUUAUGCCAAUGAACUAAGCAUUGAUUAUAUUAUAGCUUUCUUUCAUAUAGUUUCCUUAACUAUUGUACGUUUGGUGGAAGGUUCUGUGUGUUUCUUUUGACUUAAAUUACAUGAGUACUUCUUUUUUUUUUUUGUUACUCUUCUGAAUGUGCUUACAUCAUCUUCACUCUUAACAGAUGAGAUAGCAACACCAAACUGUGGGGAAUUUUGCUGAAAUUAGUAUGGCUUGCUUUUCUUUAGCGAUGAGUACGAAUCAAUCUCAAACACUUUCAGUUAUUACAAGCAUGUCUGUCAGCCUAUAAAUGUUUACCAAAUACAUGUUUAUGUCUAUAAAAAGCUGACACAUGCAGGGUUGUCAGCUGAUCUGACUUCAUCAAAAUAAGCUGCUGACAACAUACAUUUUUUUCUAUAAUCGUUACCGCUCAUUUGGACAAAAAGGAGAACAUCCAUCCAUUUCGGGGAACUUGUCAAAAUCAUUUGUUGAAUGAUGAAACUGUUAAAUUAAUCUUGUGCCAAGACAUUACACCAAAGACUAUUAGGUGAUUUUUAGAGUCCGUUUUGAUUAUACUACUAAUUUAAUACUCAAUAAUAUAAGAUUAGAUGAUUGCUAUUUGCAGGUUUAUCAGCUUAUAACAAUCAGUUGUGUAAAAUUUAAAGAACAUUUUAAAUAGUUAAGUCAGUAAUGUUAUAUUUUAAGCCAUGCAACAUCUAACUAUAGAAAAGUUGUUAAAUAGGUUCAGGAAUUAUUAAGUCAGAGGAGGACAGAGAUUGGCAUCCUAAACCUCGUGCCUUGCCAGAAGCUUUUUAUUUUAGAUGCUGGCACUUGGAAAUGUGCCUCUUUCAUUUUAAAACCACUCAGAAAACUCGAGGAGAUGAAAUAACACGGACACAAUUAACCAAUACGGUGUCUUGCAAAAGUAGUAAUACCUUACCGUUUUGUCACCUAACAGCCAUAUAUUGUGAUUUGGGAUUUCCUUUGUGAUUGAAGGAAACAAUGUUGUGCAUAAUUGUGAAGUGGAAGGAAAAUGGUUUUCAACAUUUUCUACAAAUACAAACCUGAAAAGUGUGGUGUAGAUAGGUAUCUAGCCAGCUCUGUUGAUAACUUGUUGAAUCACCUUUUGUUGGCAUUACAGCUACAUCUGGGCGUGUCUUUACCAGUUUUGUGUAGAGACUAAAUUCUGCCCAUUCUGUUAGAAAAAUAGCGUAAGCUCAGUUAAAUUGGACCCAGAUUUACGUCCAGACCAUUCGAACCAUCCCAUUGAAGCUCUGGUUGUAUUUAGUGGGUCAUCUCAGUCUUUUGCAGCCUCUGACUGCUUUUCUUCAAGCAUUCCUCCCCUGCCUUUGCUAUUUAAAAUGUCCUCACACCAUGAUUCUGCCACCAACAUAUUUCACCAUGCAAGUUACAUGUGAUAUGUAGUGUAUGUUUUCCACCACAAAUGGCAUUUUGCAGAGCUCUUCCUUCACUUGUUUACAGUUUCCCUUGUGUGGCUUGUAGCAGACCUUGAACUGGAUUUCCUUUCAGAAAGAUCCAGAGUUACUAGGGAUCUCUUGGUUGCUCUGCUUAGACCUCUCCUUGCCCAGCUAUUCUGUUUAGGUAUAUUGGUGUUCCUGGUAGGUUUGGGAUUUAGCUAUGCUCUGUUUGCUGCAUCCCUUUGUUGCCAUAAUGCUGUCUGCUCGCUAAUGUGCUCAAACAAACCCCUGAGAUCUUCAUGGAAUAGGUGGAUUGAUACUGAGAUAAAAGUACAUUGAGGUGGAUUCUGUUUACAGAUUAGGUGACUUUUACUGGCAGCGGUUUGCCCUGGGUUUUAUUUAGGGGUAAAAGCAGCUGAAUACAUAGAGGUGCCACACCACUCAGGUUUGUAGUUAAAGAAAGAUAACAAACACACACCUCAUUUUCUGUCCACUUCACAACUAUGUACUACUUUUGUUUUGAUUUAUCACCAAAAGUCUCUGUUUAGUUUGUGGUUGGAAUGUGGUAAAAUUUUCAAGGGGUAAGAAUACUUUAUCAAGACACUAUGAAGGGGAGCCAAGAAUGGGCUGGGCCUAAUUUGUGUUAGGCUCACCCAAGCCUUGUCUCUAAUUUUCACCUAGUCUGUUUUUUGGCAUGGGGAUGGGCCACUGUUUUAAAGGAGUUUUGUACCAGUUGAUCACAAUCAAACAAGGCAGACUUGUUGGAAAACAAGUUACCUGCCCCAUGUUCAGAGACUCUACUCAGACAAUCUGAGUUAUGUACUGGAAUUGACCUUUUUUAGUGAAGCAAGGUGAUGCGUGAAAAAAACAAACGAUAUACGUCCUUUUUGUUCUCUUGGAGCAGGAAACUCUGCCUGAAUGUUCAGCAGAGCAUUAAUGAAUAUUUGUUCAGGAAGCUUAUUUUCAUACUGUAGCCAAAAUUGCACGUUGCUCAACCACAAAAACGUCCGUUUUCUUGUAGUUGUUUCAUUGAUUGUGCACUUGUAUUUGUCAAAACUACAUACCAGUUACAUCCGGAAAGUCUACUUUAUCUCCUUAUUUACAUUUAAGGAACUCAGUAAUAGUUCCCGCAGUUAAUUGGGUAGGUAGGGAUCUUAUUGCCCUAAGUGGUGCUUUUAGCUCAUUAAAUUAUGUAUUCAAGAUAGGUGAAGGGAGGCAACAUUGUUUAAAGGCUUUUUAACAAACUAUAGAUACUUCUUAGAUAGUACUCAUUUACAGAACCAACUGAACUUGAAACACUCAGAUUGGCUCUUAGUCAGCUUUUAGUUGCACCUCUCAAACAAACGGGAUGAAUUUUGGGCCACAGGUAAUCAAAAGAAAGUGUUUACAAGGAAGGCUGUCAGACUACUUUUUUUUUUUUAACUGCAGCUCGUCCUGUUCCUUUUAUAAUAAACUCACUUCAGGUAGUUGACGAACACUGAUACAGGCUUAAAGAAAUCACAAGUCUUCCAUAGCUUUUCUGUCAACUUCUGUCCACUGUGUAAUAUUGAAAGAAAAGCAAUAACCUUUUUUUGACAGUGAAAGUGGUGUAUUGGGAUCAUCAAGCCUAUUGAAAUCUUGGUCUGUCAUGUAUCAAACACAACGUCAGGGAGCGGUUGAGCUGAAGUAGGACCAGGACAAUUCGAUAUUGCUUUAACUUUAUUUUUUUUAUAUAUUUUAUAAUACUUUGGAUGGUUUGACUUAACUUUUCGAAAAAAAAAAAAAAGAAUUUCAAUCGAAAACGUGUUUUAAAUGCUCGCCGAGAUGCAGUGGUAGUCAGUGAAGUGCACAGAAACUGGUUGCUCAGCUGCAGAGGUGCACAUCCAGCUAAGUGAAAUAACGAAAGGGAUUUUUGGGCUGAAUCGCCACUGUUAGGGAGCAGGCCGUCUGUUGACAUGUUGAGGUUCACCGAUCUCUGGUGGCUCCUCAGGAUUCAAAACUGUAGUUCAGGAUCAGAGGAGACCAAUUCCUCACUUUUUCCCCCGCUAAUCCCUAUACUCUGCACUAUAAAGUGUCUGACUGGCAUGUAUCUGUUCACAAGGCAAAAAAAGACAAACCUCAAACUCAGGGUAUAUAUUGCUAAAAGUGGUAUCCUUGGACACUGAUCUUGUGUCCAUAGUCGAAAUGUUUGCUUCUCUUCAGUCCCCCAACAUUCUGCCUCAUGCUCUCAGUGAGCCCUUAUUUCCCACAGAGCUGAAACCCGAGGCCCGCUGGAGAUCACAAACUGAACCAUGACAGCAAAAACGGCCCAGCUCCUGUUUUGUCCACUCUAUACACACAACCUCACAACCCAACUGUGAACCUCAGAACUCUACUGUUUUGUACAACUAUGAAGUAAAUAAAGCUAGCUACAGCUAUAGACGUAUCUAUUGCCAUUUAUGAAUUUAUUUUAUAGCAUGAAAUAGAUAUAUUUAUUCAAAUUAUAUAUUUUACUCAUAAUCAUUCUGUGCUGCUUCAUUUUGGUUCUUAAGCUUGUAAAUUGCCUUUUUAUUAUCUAAAAAAUGUCCAUAGAAUAAUGCGUUUGUAAAAUAAAGACGCAGAUUUGGCUCUG